AUGUCAUCUACAACAAUAUCAGCAAUGAUAAUGGGUGCAGCAGAUGGGGAUCUAAAUUAUUUAAAUAGUACACCUAUAGGAUCUAGUUUAUUGGAUGAUAUGGGAUUGGAUGAAGAUGAUUUUCAAACCUCAACAUUUGAUGUAUAUAUACCAGAGAAAUACGAUUCAAAAUUAAUGUCUGAUUUUGAAUAUAUUUCAAAGAAUGCAAAUAGAUUUUUAGAUACAUCCAAUAAUGAAAAAGAGAAUUGUACCAAUACUUGUAGAGAUUAUGCGAUUCAAGGUGAAAUAUUAAAAUUUUUUAUUAUAGUCAGACCGCCAAAUGACUCCAAAAAAAAGCAAAAACAGCAAAAAAUUCAAGAAUUAUUAAAACAAAAACAAAAUCAACAAACUAUAAAUCAAAUCAAUACCUCUACCCCUCCACCAACAAAAUUAAAUGUAACAUCACCAACUUUAGUUGUAUCUGAUACAAAUAGUAGUGAAAAUAUCGAUAGUAAUAAUAAUAAUAAUAAUAAUAAUAAUAACAUAGAUUCAAUAGAUAGUAACCAAGUAGAAAACGUUACAGUUUUACAACCAUCAACAUCAUCAUCCCAAAAUUUAUUAUUCGAAUUACAAUUAAGGUUAGCAAGUGAUUAUGAAAAAUCAACAAAAGAUAAUCAAAAUCCAUUAAACAUUAUAGAUUAUAACCCAAAGCAUACAUUUGUAAAUACCGAGAUGAGAAAUGAUCAUAUAUCAUCAUCAAAGUCUGUAACAUCAUAUUUAAGACAAAAUACAUUAAAUGUACCCAAUAAUAAUAGCAAUAACAAUAAUAGCAAUAGUAAUAGUAAUAAUAACAAUAAUAAUAAAUUCCUUGGUGAUAUUAUAGAAAUUAAUUCACCAUUAACAUUUAAAGAUCCAUCAUCAACAUACCAAAAACCAAACUUUUUCAGAUUAUCAAAUGGUGACGUUGUUUUUCCAAUCGAAGUACCAAUUUAUAUUAGAGAAAUUAAUGAAGAUAAAUUAAUAACGAUGGUAAUUAAAAUUAAUAGACCAAAAAACAAUAGAAACAAUAAUAUAUAUAACUCAAUGGAUAAUAAAUUAGAAAGAUUAACACAAGCAGGUAUGAAUAAAAAAACAACAUCUUCCACAGUAGGAUCAACAGCAUUAAACAUUAGUUCUAGCAAUAGCUCAAGUAUUUCAAAGACAAUAUUAAAAAAUUUCCAAUUGAUUCAGCCAAUGAAGAUCUAUUUACAAACACAACAAUUAACAGUACCAAUAGGCAAUAGAAAUUUGGUUUCAGUAACAUUAGAGAAUACCCAUCCAACACUACCAAUUACCAUAAAGAAUUUGGAUAUUUAUUUAUUCCACGUAUUAAAUAUGGAGUCUUUAACAUUAAUCGAUACAAUACAGGGCCAAACUAGUGUACCUAUACACAGACAAAUUGGAAAUCUUGUUAAAGUUAAUGAACACUAUAUUAUAAAGAAUUUAACAAGCUAUCAAUUGCCAAUACAGCUAGAGCCCUCAAACCAAUACUCUAUGGUAUUAUCUGUUGAACCUACCUCUGUUCAAAAAGUUUUACAACCAAUGGAUGGCUUUCAUACAAAAGUUAAAUUAUCUUGGGAAAUUCCUUCGUCGUGUGGUCAGAUUUUAUCUUUAUAUGAAUUAAAAGUAAACCCACCAUUCACUACUGAUUUAAUGGUUAGUACUGAUAAUAAAUCACCAGUAACUAUAAAUGAAAAAUUCUUUGUUAAAUUUAAUAUAUCCAAUUUAUCAAACUCAUCAAAGAAUUUAACUAUCAUAAUUCCUCCACCAGUUAUUAAACAAAAUCAAUCAGUGGUAACUGGAGCAGCCAAUGCUUCAGUAGGUGUAACAACAACCCCUGCAACUAAAAAUGAUAGUAGUAAUAGUAACAAUACAACAAAUAAUAAAAAAUCAGGCUCAAAUUUACCAGUAUUAAAAUCAAGCAGCAGUGGUAAACUCAUAAAUAACACUCCAAAUAAUAAUAGUAGCAGUAAUUCAACACCUAAAUAUGUACCAGUUGAAUCACACAUACAAUUCAGUGAAAUGGGUAAUAGAUCACUUUUGGCAUUUGAUGAAAUACAAAGAAAUUCAGUUAAUUUACUUUGUUUAGAGAAAUCUGUACAUAUUGGACCAGUCGAACCUAAAAAUUCAAUUUCAGUUUCAAUAGAAUUUAUACCAUUAUCAAAUAAUAGAAUCUAUGAAAUUAAUAAAAAAAUACCAGGGCCUGGUGGUGUAAUUAUUUUUGGUAAUUUAUUAGAUUUAAAGUUUCAAGUGCAUGAAAAGUUGUAUGAAUGGUAUAAGAAAUAUGGACCUGUAUAUAGAGUUAGAUUUGGGUCCGUAGAAACUGUUGUACUAACUGAAUACUCAACGUUAAAGAGUGCAUUCAUUGAUCAAUCGGAAAUAUUUCAUUCAAGAUAUGAAAGAAAGAGCAGAACCAAUGUUAAUAAAGGUUUGAACAUUGCAAAUUCAAAUGGUGAAUAUUGGUCACUAUUAAAGAAUACAAUGAUGCGUGAAAUGACCAAUAACAAGUUAAAAAAACAAGAACAUGUUAUCGAAAAGCAAUCUUUUCUUUUAUGUGAAUACUUUGAAAAGCAAGUCGCCUCAACCGAAUCCAAAAUUUCAAGUGAUCCAAUAAAUAAUAUUGUUAAAAUGUAUUCAUUCAAUGUUAUUUUAACAUUAUUAUUUAACGUAGAGUUCCCAUACAGCCACAAUAGUUACCAGAGUGAACUAAUUUCGACUAUUUCUCGUUACUUUAAGAGCACAGGUUUACCAUUUCCAAGUGAUUUCAUACCCAUUCUAUACCCUCUUCUAAAGAAUAAACCAAAGCAAUAUUAUGACGACUAUGCAAGUGUUAAAAAACUAAUUUGUAAAAUAACAGAUGAACACCUCGAAAAAAAUAUGGGUGGCCACUCUCAAUCUCCAAACGAUUUCGAAAACUUUGAACCCAACAAUAUAAUGGAGGCUUUUCUAAAACAAUACAAAUUGGGUAAAAUUCCAUACGACGGUGUAUUAUCAACCCUAAUGGAUAUAAUCCUUGCAGGCAGUGAUACCUCUGGCAAUACCAUUUUAUUCGCCAUAAUUGCACUCGCAAACCAUCCAUCAAUCCAAGAAAAGCUCUACAACGAAUUAAAAUCCACAGUAAAUGAAAAAGUUUCCUAUUAUUCUGAUUGGAAAUUAAAAACACCUUAUCUAUUAGCUGUAAUCAAGGAGGUAAAACGUCUCUAUCCUGCUGCUCCAAUAUCAGUACCCCACUGUUUAUCAGAGGAUACAAUUAUCCUAGGUCAUAAAAUAGCUAAAGGUACCCAAAUAAUCCAAAAUAUCUUUUCCACCCAUAUAUCUCCAAAAAACUGUUUAAAUCCAUUGGAAUUUUGUCCUGAAAGAUUUCUUUCAGUUAAAACUUUUGAUGAUGAACCAAAAGUUUUAACAUUUGGUAUUGGUAGUAGAACUUGUGUGGGAUCUGCUCUUGCAGAUUUUGAAAUCUAUUCGGUAUUGGCCCAUCUUUUUAGAAAGUUUAAAUUUUCCAACCCAGAUCCAAAUGGCCACCCAUUAAACGAUAGAGGCGAAUUUGGUUUAGCUUUACAAGCUCCCAAUACUAUAAUUAAAUGUGAAUUAAGAAAUUAG